UAAAAAUAUAAUAAUCAAGUGUUCCUACUGUAUUGUGCCUACUAGCAGGCAUACAUGAUUAAAAGUUAAGACUACAGUACAAUCUCUACUGCAACCAGUGAAACCAUAAAACGCUUGCUAAGUCACGGUAAUUUCUGCUUAAUGCAAUACCAUCGCGUUAUUCGUUGCAGUGGUGGUGGACGUUUGGGCUUCCGCUCUACUGGACGAACUGGAAAUUGAUUGGCAGUCCAGUUCAAUAAACUCAUCUAAGUGAUGGAUCCUCAGAGCGGUUUAUGCGCUCCUGUCUCUCCGGAAGGUCAUACGUCGCAUGAAAAGGAAAAACACCAUCACAAAACCGGUGACCCCUUGCAGAGUGCUAACGCGAACUAUGUGUGGUGGUGUGUAGCACAUCAUGGGCAAGACCUGUCACCGUCUGAUCCAAAUGUCUAUGAAAAAAUCGCAUCUUUACUGUUGGUCAUGGCUGGGGUAAAAGUUCCAGCCUUCGUGGUGGAGCUGCUUAGGUUUCAUCAUCAAAUGGCCUCCAACAAAGCCGAUUGCAGCGCUUUUCAUGAAUUGCUUAGUCUGGAUAUACUGCGCAAAUUGGAAAUCAUGCGACGCAAGUCGGCUAGUGGAUCGCAAAGGGAAUUUGCUGUUUUGUUAGGCGAAAUCAUGACCACCAUUUAUCGGAAUUUCUACGAAACAUUAAAGCAGAUUCCUGACGAAAUAGUUCUACAAAGCAUGAGCAAUUUAUUGACUGGUUACUGGAGUAAACAUCACACGCCGAGGGACACCAUUUCGCAUCCCAGCAUCAUGACGAUGGAUCUGGAAAACCAGCCUUCCACUACCGAAGCAAAAACGACAAAUACAACUGAAAACGUUGUGCAACCAUCGCAUCUUCAGCUGCCCAUACAAUCUGCGCAGUAUCAAUCAACCUUGAUGCCGCAGAGUCAAGAGACGUUAAAGAUUCAAUCCUAUUUACUGCGGCAUCCAAUGGAAGAGAAUGUUAUUGAAGUGCAGUUUACACUGAACGGAUUAGCCAACGGUCGCGAUGCACAGCAUUCGUUGCACCCCGUUAUGUCAGGUACAUCCAUCGUGCAGGAACCCACAGUCGAUACCGGAGAGCAUCAUCACAGAUCGAGAGGUAUACGCCAUGCUGGGUGGAAACGUUUACGGCGUCUGGGACGGUUGGUGCACGAAGCCAUGGGGCCACGCAAUACAACGCCAACCGUUCCUGUGGAGUCUGCCGAUUUUCGCUACGGUUUUACGGAAAGUGCCAUUACACAUGCUUCCCGAGUGAGCAAAUAGAGCUGGUGGAGGCUUGUGGAAUGAAAUCGCCUAAUCACCCGAAGGACGGUUUAAAGCAUAGACCGGGUGAUAGAAAUUCGAUAGGAAGCAAUUAAUUCCCAGCAACUUCUGGAAAGCCGCUCAGCAUGCGCUCGUGUGCGUUAACGAAACUGUGUGAAACGAAAGGUUUGUCCCAAAGACAUCCAACGAGACAACGGGGAAUCCAAUACGGCAUCUCGACCACUGCAAAAACGCCGCUGUUAGUCGGUAACGACUAACGACGAUACGGCAGGUGUAUAAACAACUGCUGGAAUCCCGUAGAGUGAACACCGAAAACGUUUUGCACCCGAACCAAGUCUUGCCUGCCGUUCGAGAAAGCAUCUUAUCGUGAUCUGGCACGAAUUCUAUUGCAUGGUUUAAUGUUGAUUUAAAUUGUUAGCCAAUGGCUAAUCAUGGAAGAUAUUUCUGCCGUGUUAUUGCUGCCUUUGCCACUUUUAGUGAUAUUUGGUGUUUAUAAUAUUAAAAUUAUCAGUUUUGCAUUGA